CUGCAGCAGAUUAUAGCUCUCCUUCUUCUUCUUCUUCAAUGCUUCAUAAGAAAACUCCAUCAGUCUGGUAACAAACGUGGGGUUUCAGGAAUAUAGCCUUGAUAAAGACUGGCAGCCAUGCUGACCAGCUUUAUAGAAGGUCUCCUCUGCUGCCUCACCUCCAAGUCGGUCAACGCCGUGGUUCCCGUGGAAAGCUCCGAGUCUGCAGAUGGCUACGAGUUCGUGGAGGUGAAACCGGGCCGGGUCCUGCGGGUUCGGCACAUCAUCCCGGACCGGGCGCUGGUGGAGGAGCCGUCCCAGGGCGGGAGCGUGAGCUGCAAGAGGAAGAUCACGGUGUACCGUAACGGACAGCUCUUCAUCGAGAACCUGGGCGAGAGGGCGAGUGCAGAGCUCAAGACCUGUCAGAACGGAGACACCGAGCCCAACAGCACCGUCGAGGUCGAGCUGACGGACUCCCGCAACUCCUCGCCCCCCGUGAGCGUCCCGGGAAACAACGGGGCGUCUGAGAAAGGAGGCGCCGGCGAGGCCCCUGCUGCGGGCCUGGCGGACCCGUCCCAGCAGCCCCGGCGGCGCCGGCGGAAGCCCAAGCGCUCGGUGGUGAUCGACUGCGAGAGGAAGAUCUCCGGCUGCAAGGGCACGCAUGCAGACGUGGCCCUGUUCUUCAUCCACGGGGUGGGCGGCUCCCUGGACAUCUGGGGGAGCCAGCUGGACUUCUUCUCACGGCUGGGCUACGAGGUCAUCGCCCCUGACCUGGCGGGCCACGGCGCCAGCUCCGCCCCGCAGAUCGCUGCUGCCUACACCUUCUACGCCCUGGCGGAGGACAUGAGGCUCAUCUUCAAGAGAUACGCACGGAGGAGGAACAUCCUCGUGGGACAUUCCUACGGUGUGUCGUUCUGCACCUUCCUGGCCCACGAGUUUCCAGACCAGAUUCACAAGAUGGUGAUGAUCAACGGCGGGGGUCCCACGGCUCUGGAGCCCAGUCUCCUGUCCAUCUUCAACCUCCCCACCUGCGUGCUCCACUGCCUGUCGCCACUGCUGGCCUGGAGCUUUCUCAAGGCCGGCUUCGCUCGGCAGGGAGCCAAGGAGAAGCAGUUGCUGAAAGAGAACAAUGCCUUCAAUGUGUCACCCUUCGUGUUGCGCGCCAUGAUGAGCGGGCAGUACUGGCCUGAGGGGGACGAGGUUUACCACGCCGAGCUCACGGUCCCCAUCCUGCUGGUUCACGGCAUGCACGACAAGUUCGUCCCCGUGGAAGAGGACCAGCGCAUGGCAGAGAUCCUCCUGAUGGCCUUCCUGAAGGUUUUGGAGGACGGCAGUCACAUGGUCAUGAUGGAGUGUCCGGAUAUUGUCAACACACUCUUGCAUGAGUUCUUCCUGUGGGAACCAGUAACCCCUCCACCACCAAAGAAAGAGUCGAAAGCCCGUCCAGAGACCGCCAAAGCUCAAACCGAGGACAGCCGGGCCGUAUCUGAGACGGCCAAGGUUCGACCUGCAACUGCCAGGCAAACCUGAUCAAACUGAGGAGGAGCCAGAAAAUAAAACGAGCAAAUGUUAAAAACUGAUUCAGACUACAACUGAAACAGUGGCUGUUACACUACAUCCUGUCUGGGCUCGCGCUUCCUGAUGAAAGAGGCCGGGUUGAGCCGUAAAUCCACAGAGAGUUGGAUCCGUGGAUGCUCAGCGUCGGUUUCUGUACAUGAGCCACAGAGCCGAAGGAAAGGGAUUUCUGUCUAGCAAGAGUAAGAUGGUUCGUUCUCAAGCUUGUGGUCAAUGGAUGAUCUGGUUGUGCCUUGGAUGGGUUUUUGUUAAAAACAAGAAACGGCAUCUCACAGACGAAGAGGCGAUGGUUAGCAUCACUAGUAGCCCCGAGGAAGAAGUGAGAAACUGGGGUAAAUCUGACUAUAAGGUCCAACAUUUGGAGUCUACUCUCAUGGAAAGUGGCGGGGUGGUAACUGACACAUCCCCACAUAGCACUUGUAGUACUUCAUGUGGGCCGGCCGGAGCUGGGAGAGGCCUGGACGUUUCCCACAUCCCUGCACGCUGUGCAGAGCGUGGAUGAAUGCAUGUAAGCUGGAGUGUGUUUUCUACUGUUCGCACCUCGUGUGAAGGUGUUUUUCUAAAAGGACUUUUUUAGAUACCGUAUCUUUUAAUGACGACAGCAGCGACAACAGUUGGAAGGUUUUUUUAUUCAAAAUUAAAUGUAACUUUGACCAAUUCAUGACUUGUGCACAGUGUGUCAGAAUCGUACAAAAUAAGAGGUUUUAACGCUGUUGCAUGCUUAAAUUAUAGGCUUCAGGUAUAGCGGCUUGUUUUAUUGAACAGAAAUGCAUAAAAACAAGUUAAAUGGUCCAUUUUGAUAUGACUUGUUAAGCUGGAAAGGCAGAAAUAAUAAUGAUAAAUGAAGUCUGAUCAGAACAGAGUGAAAGUAAAGCUGCUGCUUGCAGGAAGUCCUUCAGUGGAGCGUGUGCAGCUAAAUCAGCUGAAGGCUCAGCACUGAAGCACAACGUUAUCUGAAGAUCACAAAUCACACAAAGAUGCUGAAACUUUAAAAACUACGAGAAGUAAAACAGCUAACGUGGUGCACGUAUCUAAGCCAAACUAAGAGUACCAAGUAUUUGAUUAAUUUGUUUGUGCGACGCUUUCCGACGAGACGCUAAGGACGUUUUACCUGCUUUACAUCCAUCAACCCCCCCAGAAUACAGCAAAGAAAGAAAAUCCAAAAUAAGAUUUAACUUUUUAUUUGGCUACAUUUUCAUCCAUUGGACAAAUUUCAGAACACUUAUGAUACAAAAAUAGCCUUAAUGUAACUAUAACUAACUGUGAACAUUUCUUGAUGACAUCCGUUUGUUUUCCUGCAGACGUGCACGUUUUUGUUUCCAUUGAAAAAUGUGUGAAAUUUUGUGCUUGAAGCUAUUUUUACCUCUGAGUUGUUUUUUUUUUUUUUUUUUUUUUUUCCAAAUUAUAUAAAAUUAGGACUUUCCUCUUCAGCAUCACUUACAUGUAUAUUAGAGGAUACUUUACGUUUGUAUUUACAAGUUUUGGAAGCAGUCGUCCCAAUCCAAGUAACCCUCUGGAUAGGAUAUAUUGUAAAAUCUGUCCUUCUUUAAAAUCAUAGUCAGCCCUUGAAAACCUCACAAUGAAACAUGACUAUUUUCGGUGCGCAAUUGCGAAAUUUGCAAUUAAAAAACCCCCACUGUGUUGUCACAUGACCUCCCCUCUAAGCAAAGUACUAUCUAGUAUUUCCACCUGAAGCUCUGAAACUACAAAGCCAACAGUGCAGCAUAGAAAGUUCAUCAUUCCUAUAGUUUAUUGUGAACGUCUGUACAGUAGCUCCAUGGAGCCGCUUUAGCAGGAUAAAUAACACGCUGGGACUGUUUUUGUUUGUUGUUUUGAGUUUUUCCUCCUGACAGCUCCGAUUACAUGUGUAUAUCUUUGCAUUCUUGUUGGUCGUACACUUGUUCAGGUCUCUGUAUCAUUCUCAGUCCUCAUAGGUUGUUUAUUUUUUCACAAAGAAGUUAAAUGUGUGCAGCUGAACGUGUAGGCGAUCACAUGUUUCCCUCACUUAGUAUUUCAUAUUUUUGUACAUAGAGGACACUUUUUAUACUCGGUUAUUUAGAGUCUUUGGCACAGAACCGGUUGUUUUCAGCUUUGUUCAGAAAAGUGCAGCUGACUCUAUAAAUGUCCAAAACUCGUGUGUCUUAUGUUUUGUAACUGUUUGCCUUUGACAGUGACUGCUGAUUUCAGAAGAAUUACUUUGUCAAAAUAACUGCCUACUUCUUUUUCUACAUUUUUAGAAAUUCAUUUUUAUUCAUUAGCCAAAGUAGAAAAACAAUGAAUUUGAGUUUUUUUGUCGUCUCUUUGACAAUCAUAUACAUGCACUCACACAAACACUUGGUAGUCGUACGUAUGUUUAAAACAAAUCCAGCCUCAUAAAGGUGAAAUUAUUAUAAUAAAAUAAAGUUCUUUGCAUAAAUUAAAUUAUUUUGUAAUUAUAUUUUAAUCAAAAGGCAUUACAUGAUCAAUUUUGAACUUAAAAGCUCAUUUAGAUCUAUCAGAUAUAUAUAAAAGUAACUUUGGCAAGUGUGUACAGUAUUUAGGAAAAAAAACAACAUCAUAUGAACUUAAUCAAAUGCAACACCAACUUAGAUUAAGUUACAAAAUAACUUAUCUAUUUUAUAUUGAAAACUUUUAGAUGUCUGUCACUAUACAAUGGAUCCAAGGCCGUUAGUUUGACUACAGCAGUUCUGGUAAAAUUUUACUAAAAAGGAAUGCAAGCUGCCUCCUUUCACAUUUAUUUCAAAAGAAUAUUCAUAACUUAAAGGCAUGAAAUCAUAUUUUUGCAGCGUGUUAUCAAUGUGUGAUCAAAUUCCUUGAGAUAUGUCCACCAAACUCACACCAUGUUAAAAUGUUUGUCUUUACAUUCAUAAGGUAAAUCAAAAAAUAAAAUAAAAAGCAUUUCAAAGAAGCAUUUAUUACCACAAAUAAAAGGCCCUCCCCAGGCUCAGACCUCCAGAGUGACAGUGGGGCCGUUGCUGUCCUGGUCAGGUGUCAUGGACUCUUUUGUUUCCUUCUCGCCUCCGUCCCCCCCGGCAGCCUUGUUCUCUGGCGCCGCCUGCUGGUCGCUGCUGGUAGUGCUGGCUGGCUGCUCGGAUUCCUCCUCCGCUGCUGCAGCUGCAGCUCCGGUUUCACUCACUAUCUGAACGGAGUCGGCUGCUGCGACCUGCACUGGUUUCACUUCCCCGUUCUGCACUGGGAAAGUGCUCUCCAGAGCGUUGUACAAGAACUGGUACUGCUCCUUUUAGAGA